CGGCGCGGCGCAGAGCGGGCCCGGCGCUCCCGCCAUGUUGGGGCUCAUGGCUGCUCGCCAGGCCGGGCUGGACGACCCCGCGCGGCUGCGCCGGGCCGAGCGCACCCGGAGAGUUUUAAGUUUGGAGUUAAAUAAAGAUAGAGAUGUGGAAAGAAUACAUGGAAGUGGUAUCAACACCCUUGAUAUUGAGCCUGUUGAGGGAAGAUACAUGUUAUCUGGUGGAUCAGAUGGCGUUAUUGUACUUUAUGACCUUGAAAACUUGAGCAGGAAGCCAAGUUACACGUGUAAAGCACUUUUUUCAGUUGGAAGGAGUCAUCCUGAUGUACAUAAAUUCAGUGUGGAGACAGUCCAAUGGUAUCCUCAUGACACUGGCAUGUUUACAUCGAGCUCAUUUGAUAAAACCUUGAAAAUAUGGGAUACAAAUACUUUACAACCUGCAGAUAUAUUUCAUUUUGAGGGAACAGUCUAUAGCCAUCAUAUGUCUCCAAUUGCUACAAAGCACUGUUUAAUAGCAGUUGGUACCAAAAGCCCCAAAGUACAGCUCUGUGACUUGAAGUCUGGAUCCAGUUCUCACAUUCUGCAGGGUCACAGACAAGAAGUAUUGGCAGUGUCUUGGUCCCCACGUCAUGAAUAUGUUUUGGCAACAGGAAGUGCUGAUGGUAGAGUAAAAUUAUGGGAUGUGAGGAGAGCUUCUGGAUGUCUAAGUACGCUUGAUCAGUACAAUGGAGAAAAGUCCAAAGCAUCUUCUGAGGCAGCAAACACUGCUCACAAUGGGAGAGUUAAUGGUUUAUGCUAUACAAAUGAUGGACUUCACCUGCUAACCGUUGGUACAGAUGAUCGAAUGCGACUCUGGAAUAGCUCCACUGGAGAAAACACCUUAGUAAACUAUGGGAAAGUCUGUAAUGAAAGUAGGAAAGGACUCAAAUUUGCCAUCUCUUGUGGCUGUAAUCCAGAGUUUGCCUUUGUUCCGUAUGGAAGUACCAUUGCUGUUUAUACAGUUUUCACAGGAGAACUGAUAACUAUGCUUAGAGGGCACUAUAGUACUGUCAACUGCUGUGUAUUUCAACCUCAUUUUCAGGAACUUUAUAGUGGUAGCAAAGACUGCAAUAUCCUUGCAUGGAUACCAGCUCCACGAGAGCCAGUUCCUGAUGAUGCGUCUGAAAAGUCUCUGCCUCAACAACAUGUAAAUCCAGCAUAUGAAGAUGCUUGGAGCAGCAGUGAUGAUGAAGGCUGAAUUUAAAUUAUGAGCUGAUAUAAAAUUGACAUUCAGGCACUGCAUUCACAGGCUUUUACAGAAUUGGACAUUGUUGGAUUUCUCACAACUGGAUUUUAGGUACAGUUCUGUUAGAGCAAGGUCUUUCAGAAAUAAGUUUCCACUGUUCUCUGUGUUUCUUUGUCACUGUAAAGUUAAGUCCAAAGGAUUACUUUUUCAUACUUGCUGACUUUUGUACUUAUACAUUGGUAUACUUUAUUCAAUGUUGAACAGCUGAUAAAGAAAAAAUAAAAGCCCUUGGGACCAGUCAAAAUUA